UAUAUUUAAUCUUCCCCUAUAAUACCGACGAGAAAAUAUCUUUUCUCUUCUUUUUAGUUGUGAAACAGAAAGAACCAAUCUUCCUCUGAAAUUUCGUUGAUGGAUCCCGACGUGAUGGAGAUCGAUCCUCCUCCUUUAGCUUCAGCUUCUAGAACUCGUAAACCUAGAAAGGUUAAUCUUGAAGUGAUCGAUGUGGAGCAAUAUCAUGUUGAUAAGAUGAACAAAGGGAAGGCUAUACAAGAUGGCCAUAACCCCUUUAGUCAUGUAGCUAAUGGAGUGAUGCCUAUAGAUGUCGAUAGCUACACAGUCGUUCUAAAUGAUAUCCCAACCGGUGUAAAAGUGGUGAUGUCUACUACUCAGCCCUGUGAGUUUCAGAAUUAUAGCAGCAAAGGAACUUCUAAAUCAAGUAGAAACAGUUCAAACUCGUUUCUGGCAACUCCAUCUUCUGUUCCUCAGUCAUUGGAUUUUGCCUCCCUGUCAGCCUCCUUUGCUCAGAACAAUCAAACGGUUUCCUCCUCUGCGGUUCAACCUGUUGAUUCUGAUGCUUCUGCUAGCUCUUCUUCCGCCGAGGCUGUUAAUUCAUCUCAGGCUAAUUUUCUGAAGGACUUUAAAAGGUUUGACACUGUUGAGGAUUUCUCAGAUCAUCACUAUCUUUCCAAGGGGAAAGCUUCAAAACAGCACUCAAAGACUUGGUUGAAAAAGGUUCAAGCAGACUGGAAGAUUCUUGAGAAUGAUUUGCCAGAGACAAUAUUUGUCAGAGCCUGUGAGUCAAGAAUGGAUCUACUAAGAGCUGUAAUAAUUGGAGCUGAGGGAACUCCUUACCAUGACGGUCUUUUCUUUUUCGAUAUUCAGUUCCCAGAUUCCUAUCCUUCAGUGCCACCAAAAGUUCAUUACCAUUCCGGUGGGCUUAGAAUCAACCCCAAUCUAUACAACUGUGGUAAAGUAUGCUUGAGCCUUCUCGGUACAUGGACCGGCAACAAGAGGGAGAAAUGGCUCCCACAGGAGUCCACAAUGUUGCAGCUUCUCGUCUCAAUCCAAGCACUCAUCUUGAAUCAAAAACCGUACUUCAACGAACCUGGCUACGAGCCCACCAAGGGGACUGUAUCAGGCGAGGCUCACUCCAAAGUUUACAGCGAGAACGUCUUCAUAUUGUCGUUAAAAACGAUGGUUUACAGCAUGAGGAAACCACCCAAGCAUUUUGAAGAGUUUGUUCAUAGCCAUUACUUUGUGAGGGCACUUGACAUAGUGAAAGCGUGUAAUGCUUAUAAAGAUGGAGCUCCUGUUGGUUCCAUUUUGAAAGGUGGUGUUCAAGGUAUUGAGGAAACUAGCCAGAGUGGCUCUAAGAAGUUUAGGACCGAUGUGGCUGCCUUUAUGAAGACAGUUGUUGGUGAGUUCGUUAAGUUAGGAAUCAAGGAGCUUGAAGAAAAACCUAAACCACCGCCUGUGGUUAAUGCUAAUACUGAGAGUAAUACAGCUAACCGUAAGAGAAGCAGAUCAUCGAGCAUCAAAGAAUUUCUCGCGAAUAUCGGACGCUGCGUUUUUCAGUAAGAGUGAGGCGUGCAACAAACAAGUAUAAAGUUUGAAGAAACACAGAGGGAUGAAAGAUUUGGUGAGUCGGAGGAAUCUAACAAGGCGCAGAAGUUUGAUCUAUUAUUAUUAGAUUUUCUUUAAUCGUUUAGUAUGUGGACAAGAAGUUUUAGUUUUUAGUGUUUUUAGUUCUGAUUUACAAAUUUAAGAGAUUUCAAAUCA